AACGUAAUCAGCAGCACAGCACAGUCACUCUGUAAACUUCGGAGCGUACGGUUGCAAGUUUCGGUCGCCUGCGAUUUUUCUCUUUCCCGAUUUUAACACUCUUCCCGUUCCCGCACACACACACAGUCACUUACUGGAAAACUAGAAGGUGGAGCGGAGAGGAGGCGACUUUCGCUCGAAUAUCUCGCAUUGUUAUUGUUGCUGCACCGUGUUUAGUGUAUAUACUGUAUACCACUGUGUGACUCCACUGUGUGUGUGUGUUUUUCCUGGAAGUUCGAAUCGAAUUCUCUUUUUCCGUCUGCGGCACACGUCAAGCAAAAAAACUAAUCAUGGCCGACAACAACUGCCCCAAGUGCAAAAAAUCGAUUGCCCCCAAGGAGGCGGCCGCAACGAGCAUCGGAUGCAGUGGCGAGGAUUGUCGGAGGAGGUUCCAUCGCACGUGUGUCAACAUUGAUGACGCCGUCUUCGAGGCGAUCCAGAAGAAUCCGAUGAUAUCCUUCCACUGCGACGAGUGUAAGAACCAGUCGCCUCGUGCCUUUGCCGCCAAGUUGCACACCAUCGAGGAGAAGGUCAACAAGGUGUGCAACGGGGUCAACCAGAUCCAGGGCCGGAUGUACCAGCAGUACUUCCAGUUCGGUAACCAGCCGCUCCAGGCGCUGGGCGCCUCGGCCGCCGGCGUGGGAGGUGGCCCCCUUGGCGGCGGACUGGAUGGCAAGAAGCAUCCUCAGCAGAACAACCUAAUCGUGGUGGGGAACAACUGCAAUUCCGAUCGAUUGCAGGUGGUCUGUGACUACGGCAGAUGGGUGCAGGUGGGCAAGUUUGCCACCAACACCAGCGAGGAGGAUGUGAUCGAUCACCUGGCCGAGGAGCUGAAGAUCAACAAGAACCUGGUCAAGUGCACCAAGCUGGUGAAGAACGAUGCCAACCUGUCGCAGUUAUCGUACUGCAAGUUCAAGAUCUCCAUACCGGACUACCGCUUCAACGAGCUCUUCAACGAGGCCAUCUGGCCCAGCGGCGUGAUGGUCAGCCCCUUCACUCCCCGCUCCCAGCUGAACCAGAACCGCCUCUAGAGGGACGGGCCCGGCGGCCGGGAGAGCGGUGACCGGGCGAGGGUGAAGCAGUAAGGAGGAAUAGAAAUAGGAACAGGAGCAGCGGCUGGAGAGGAAGCACCCAAAGGAAAGAGUGCGCCUGCGCAAGGAGAGGAUAAAUGAAGAGGCGGAGAAGGAGGAUGAGGAACUGCAUCGCGGCCUAGCAAUCGAGGGUUGUUAUCCGGCCAGCGACUACCACUGCAACUACACCGCGGAUUCCCCCGAUUCCCGUCUUCCCUUUGGGCUGAUGGAGCAGCAGGCGGAGGAGCAACUAUGUGCCCCCCAUUUGUAUGCUAAUUUUCGACACUCGAAAACAUUGUCUAGAUCUUUAAAAGCUUACAGAACCUAUCUAAUGGAAAACAAACAAGAAUAUUUAUUGAAUUAACUUUGAAAAUGCAUUUUAAAAUGUUUUAGCGUUGCGUAAAUAACGAAAAUGAAAUCGAUAAAGAAACCAAAAAGUAUUUUAAUGGCAAAACUCACAAGUAAAAUAGAUGUGAAGCAAAAAUAUUAGUCAUUUAUGCAUAACUGUCGUACUUAAAUUAAAGUAAAACCGAAAACAAAACGAGAAACCUAAGAAAAUCCAAGCUAAACGUUCUUAAAAGACACACACACCGAAAACGAUUAUUCAGGCGCGUAUUUAAACCAUUUACUAACCAGCACUAAAAUUCCCUUUUGAUUUUCUAAACUCAUUUCCGGGGACUUGAGAAAUUCGGACCCAGAUCGUUAUACUUUUUACAAAAUCGAUAGAAAUUUUAUUAAGACGCGUGUGCGAUACCUAUCACAUUAAGUACUUAACCGUAACCAAUAUCAAACGUAUAUUCAAGCAGACGACGGCUUAUAUUGUAUUCGUAUAUGUAUGUAGUUUGAGGCAUUUUCAAAGCUUGUUCCUGUUCCCAAAAAGUUUGGACAUUUUGCGAACCACUGCACAGGACACUGGCCAGCAGCUAGACCCAUUCAAAUUCAGAUCGAAAGUAUAUGUAUUUGCGUUUUCGACUAUGGGGAAACCCCAUGGGAACCUCAAUGGCAGUUACCACAACACGUUCCACACGGACAGGACUCGAAACGAAACGAAGCUGGGCAAAUCCGUUGCAAUAAUAACUCAAUGACCGAGUAUAAUGGAUGUACAUUUCGUAAUUGAUCUAUUUUUUUACACCAAUCCGACAGCAAUAUUUUCCGUGGGCUCCACGCCAGCGAUCCGAACAAAACCGUAGAUAUUUACGCAAGAGUCAGCAAACGAAAUGUAAAACACAUAUAUUAUAUAUUUAGUAUACAACAAUAUGCAUGCAUGUAUUUAUGUCAACUUUUUCAAUAAAUUCUACAAAAAAAUUAAAUACCAAAGAAGAACGUAUUGAUCCUUGGG